GGGGCAAGCCCUUUUCGUUUAUUGGUAGCUCGAGGAGUUCUAUGAGGGAAAAGAUUAUUGACAGGGAAGAAACAGCCGUUGCGUGUCGUCAUGGUUACGACGCACGGAACCGCGGCGGCAAGUCCCCGGAUGCGGCCGCCAAUUCGUUACCCUCCUGAGGGGAGAGACGCCCCGCCCUCACGCUCGUGACGUCACGCGCACGGCGGCGGGAAGGGAGUAGGGCGAGGCGCAUGCGCGCGCGAUCUCACUUCCGGAACUUCCCCCUCCUCAUCCCAAAAGGUGAAGGAGCAUUGGAACCAUGAAGGAAGCCAUUCAGGCCAGGAAGUAUUGGGGGGCAUCCCCCGGCCUGCAGAAUACAAUGGGCCAUCGGGACAAGAUCUGCUGUCCUUCUCGGGAGUGGGGCGAACGUGAACCCAAACGUGGAGGUGGUGGCUGCUUUGAGGGCAACCGGAGAUUGGGCUACACCAGCAAAAAGCCUCCGGGCUUCGACCCCUUGUCCUCCGGCAGCGAUGAGGAAGAGAAAGGGAAUUGGGAUCAUCCCUGCAUGUCCAGCUGGGGAGUGUCAGGGAGUACAUCUGAUCCCACGCAAAACAAAGCCAGCAGCACUGGGAAGGUUGCCCGAAGUGGAGGACGGGCCUGGCCCUUUGAAGUGAAGGCAGUUGCCAAUUCCCGGGGUCGCCCACAGCUACUGGGAGGCACCUUGAGGCGGCAUGGCUCCCGGCGUCGGCGCCAGCGGGCCCUGCAGGCCUUCCGGAUGCUUCUGUAUUCCAAGAGCUCCUCCCUGGCUUUCCAUUGGAAGCUCUGGGGCAAAAUGGCCUGCAAGGGGCGUCGCCGGUCUGGGACAAAGCGGGCACGGUCCUCCCUGUCCCUUUCCCCUGGGUCACAGCCUGAUGACGACCACCUUUCUAUCUACAAGAAAAGCUGCCCCUUAGGGGAAGAGGACUGCCAGGGCCGAGCCAAACACCGGCCUCGCUCUGCCCCCUUCAAGUCCCACCUUUCCUCUGAGCCCCACCUGGACUACGGGUUGGAUGGAGCCUUCCCCGCGUCUUCGUCCGUGCCACAGACCUCUCGCCUCAGCUUGCUGGGAGCCCUGAUGGAGGACGCUUCCUCUUACCCUCAGUAUGUGGAGCUGCAGAGGGUCAGUUUUGACAAAGAUUCUGGAGGCAUGGAGCUGGAUGAGGAAGAGACGGCUGCCAUGCUCAAAUACCCUACUGGGGGGGUCCAAGCCUCCCCCAGGACUCGGAAGGUUGGCGAGGCCGAGAUCGGCCUGGAUGGAGAGCGAGGCCCCCUGGAUGGUCUCCCCAAUGGCUUUGCGUCCCUCACUCCUGACGGUGACCUCUGCUCCCUCCCUGGAGUGGCGGAUGCCACCAUCCUCAUCAGCAACGUCUGUAGCAUUGGAGACCACGCGGCUGAGGAACUCUUCCAAGGCCCCCGGGACAAGGAGAGGCUGCUGGAUCCUUCUGGAAUCAAGCUGGAAGUGGGGAGCCAGCAGGCAGAGUCGGCCGCUGAGGGAGGGCAAGAGAGGUUCGGCGAGAAGAUGGCCCAGCACAGCCCACUGAGGGAAGAACACAUCACCUGUGUGCACAACAUCCUGGACGAGUUCCUGCAAACGUACGGCAGCCUCAUUCCUAUCAGCGUGGACGAGGUGGUGGAAAAGCUGGAGGACAUCUUUCAGCAAGAGUUCUCAACGCCUCAGAGGAAAGCCUUGGUCAACCAGCUGAUCCAGUCCUACCAGCGUAUGCCAGGCAAUGCCAUGGUCCGGACCUUCCGUGUGACCUACAAGCGCCACGUGGUCACCAUGGAUGACUUGCAGACACUCUAUGGGCCCAACUGGCUCAACGACCAGGUCAUGAAUAUGUAUGGAGAUCUUGUUAUGGACACGGUGCCAGAGAAGGUUCAUUUCUUCAACAGUUUUUUCUACGAUAAGCUACGAACCAAGGGGUAUGAGGGGGUGAAGCGCUGGACCAAAAACGUGGACAUUUUCAACAAGGAGCUGCUUCUCAUCCCAAUCCACCUAGAGGUACACUGGUCUCUCAUCUGCGUGGAGGUGAAGCAGAAGAAAAUCACGUACCUGGACUCCCAGCGCACCCUCAACAGACGGUGCCCCAAGCACAUCUGCAAAUACCUGCAGGCUGAAGCAGACAAGAAAAAUCGCCCAGACUUCCGAGACGGGUGGAGAGGAGUUUUCCAAAUGAACAUUGCCAGGCAAAACAACGACAGCGAUUGUGGAGCGUUUGUCCUGCAGUAUUCCAAAUACCUGGCUUUGGAUCUCCCCUUCACCUUCACGCAGCAAGACAUGCCGAAACUCCGCCGACAGAUGUACAAGGAGCUGUGUCACUGCAAGCUCAUUGCGUGACGGCUGACACACACACACACAUACACCCCUCCAUCGCCUUGGACGGAUGGACAGAUAAACUCAUCCCCAUCCCACAGCUGGGAGCCAUCUCCCGGAACAACUCUUCCUUGGGCUGUGGGUUCUGAUCCCAUCAAUUUUGGGGGCAUUUGGAACAAGGACACUACUCAUAGGUCACUGGAACUCUGAGGUUUGAAAACCGGACUCAUAUUUUGUGUGUGGGGAGGGGGAGUGUUACCUUUCUUUUUACCCAGGUUGGCCCCCUCUCCUUUUUCUCUUCCUGGUCUUUGGGGUUUUUUUUUUCCAGUUCCUAUUUAAACCUAGGCUGGGAUUUCUCUAGGUUGAUUUGUUGCAGGGGGAUAUAGGGGUGGGAUCGGGGUUUGGGGGGGUUGUAUAUGUGGCAUGCCCUCUGCAAAAUGCUCCACUCCAGAUCUCAGAAAGACAGAGGGCAUGGGGACCAGGAAGGCGGGGAGGACUCGGUCAGAUGCCCCCCCAGACCCCAACUUCUCCCCCCAGUUUAUCAUCCUAUCAACUAUUUGUGUUAGUGGGUGAUGUCUGGGAUUUUUCCCCCCCAAAGGAUUUUCAGGGGGGGUGGAACAGCUGGGAAAAGGGGGAAGUGGGGAAGGGACAGUCAUGGGUUGAAGGGAGGGUGGGGACAGUUUAUACACUGGGGCCGAGACAGCAGAAACAAGCAUUUUUUAUACGAUGGCUGCCAUUGUGGGUAAAUAAUAAUAAAAAAGACAUUCUUUGGAGAA